CGCAUAAAUAGGCUUAUAGCAGCCCGUGCGCAUAAAAAAGCGCACCUUACGAGAGUCUCCCCCUUCCCCUCCGUUUCUCGCCCUCCCUGUCUUUCUCUUUCUCUCCCUGGGGAAUUUAGUGGGCUAUGUUAUAAUGUCUGUCCCGCAUUGGUAAUCCUGCCCUUUGCAGAACGAAUCCGCUGGACUGGAGCCUUCCUAUUGAGACGCAGGACGCACAGCCAAGCUUCGCGCGAGGCUCAUCAUUAAAAACAAAACGGGGCAGAACAUCUUAGAGGAGCGAUUUUUGUUGGAGAAGUUGCAUGUGAAAGCUUUGUAGGGAAUUACAUAUCAAGCUGUUCUAGAGCGGAGCAGAGUGGAUAAAAACACUAUGGGAUAUCCCAAGAAGAGAUGGGGAGUUGGAUGGACGCUCUUGGUUUCGGUUGCGGUUAUGUGCUUGGUUUUAGCGGAUGGACGGAGACUGAGGCAGCCGAGGUGUCCCAUAGGAUGCUCCUGUACUAAAGACAAUGCACUGUGUGAGAAUGUCCGAUCUGUGCCACAUACUUUUCCCAGUGACGUCGUCUCUCUAUCUUUUGUCAAGUCAGGAUUCAAUGAAAUAUCAGCUGGAAGCUUUGUCCACACACCUGCCCUGCAACUGCUGUUAUUCACUGCCAACACAUUUGAUCUUAUUGACGAAGAUGCUUUCCUUGGACUACCGCAUCUUGAGUAUUUGUUCAUUGAAAAUAAUAAAAUAGCCUCCAUAUCUCCUUUUGCUUUCCGGGGAUUGAAGACACUCAUACAUCUGAGUCUAGCGUACAACAACCUUGAGACGCUGCCUAAAGAUGUGUUCAAGGGCAUGGAGGCGCUGACCAAAGUGGAUUUACGCGGGAACAAUCUUGUAUGUGACUGUAAACUGAAGUGGCUGGUGGAAUGGAUGCACCAGACCAAUGCCACCCUAGACGAGAUCCACUGCAGCGGCCCGCCCUCUCACCAGGGGAGGAAGAUCAAUGACCUGCUACCACACUCCUUUGACUGCAUCACCGCGGAGUUUGCCUCAUAUCAGUCACUGAAGUUUGAGUCCAUUUCUGUAGAGGCCUUCACCUUUGGCAUGGACCAGUUUGUUGUAUUUGCCCAGCCAUUCGCUGGAACAUGCAGUUUUCUAGAGUGGGAUCAUGUUGAAAUGAAUUUCCGAACUUUUGACACGAUUCAAAGCACCUCCACUGUAGUCUGCAAGCCCAUGGUCAUUGACAACCACCUCUUUAUCAUUGUGGCUCAGUUGUUUGGGGGCUCUCACAUUUACAAGCGCGACAUUUCUGCCAAUAAGUUCAUCAAGAUCCAGGACAUCGACAUCCUGAAGAUCCGUAAGCCCAAUGACAUCGAGACAUUUGUGAUCGAUGGGGAAUCUUUCUUCAUUAUCGCAGACAGCUCCAAGGCUGGCUCCACUACAGUGUACAAGUGGAACGGUAAUGGCUUCUACUCUCACCAGUCCCUCCACCCCUGGUACCGGGACACAGAUGUGGAGUAUGUAGAGAUGUCUGGAAAGCCUCACCUGAUCUUGUCCAGCAGCUCCCAGAGGCCUGUGGUGUACCAGUGGAACCGCAGCAUGAAGCUGUUUGAGCGCCGCACAGACAUACCCGACAUGGAGGAUGUGUUCUCGGUCAAGCACUUCCGGGUCAAAGGUGAGCUGUUUAUCUGCCUGACAAGAUUCAUUGGGGACUCCAAGGUGAUGCGCUGGGACGGAGCCAUGUUCAAAGAGGUCCAGACAUUCCCCUCUCGCGGCUCCAUGGUGUUUCAACCCGUCACCAUCGGCAACUGGCAGUACGCCAUCCUGGGCAGCGACUACUCUCUGACACAGGUCUACCAAUGGGACACUAAGAGGGGCCACUUUGUCUCAUCCCAGGAGCUCAACAUCCAAGCCCCGAGAGGGUUCGCGCUGGCUGCUAUCGACGAGCGCGUCUUUCUUUUUGCGUCCAGCUUCAAGGGAAAAACCCAGAUAUACGAGCACCUCAUGAUCGACCUCAGUAAUUAAAGUUAGAUACUGGGACUCGCAAUCAAAUUUAAAUUGUCAUUCCAAUUGUGUCUAAUUUUUUUUUUCUCUCAAAUUUGGAUCCAGGAACCAGUGAUAUUCAGGCCUCCUGGUACUCAGGCAUAUUUAGCAGUUAAGAUCUGGAUUCAGUUUUGCAUUGGUCCUGACUGAAACCAAUUUUGUCACUGUUUAGUCUUGUGGUCAUUUCUGCUUAGGUUUAUUUACUCUUAUUAAUAUAUGAAUGAAUAAUGCAAAAAUUGUAAAGUGACUUUAAAAAGCGCUAUAUUAGAGUGAUGCAUUAUUUAUAUGCCUGUAUUAAGUAUGAUUUUCUUGGUUUAGACAUUGUUCUCCAUAGAUCAGGUCAAUACAAUACCCACAGGUUUAAUAAGCCUGUUUUUAAAAAAGAAAUCUGUUGGGAAUGAUGAAGUGAUGAAAUUUUGAAAAAAGUCCUAUCACGUGGUUUUCAAAAGGCCCCUGACAAUAAUACCUCUGGAUGAAUAACUUGCCAGAAGCGUCCCACUGUGUGUGCUCUCUUUCACAGUACUCUUGACCCUUGUCUCCCCCAUUGUCUACACUUGUGUUGUUUUUUUCCCCUCCUAACCCACUACCUGUAUUUUCACUGUUCUGUUUGUGAGACUUACACAAAACAGUUACACUAACUCAGUGCAUUCAUAUUUGCCAAAUAUGUUUUGUAAAGUAAUUUAUAUUUAUAAUAUUGCUGUUGUA